GAUCCUGUUGAUGGGUGUUAUGUAUGCAGAGUGUGAACCUGGUAUCGCCUGUCAACUGGUGUAAAAUUUUGAGUAAAGGAUUGUCUUCCUCAUUCACAUUGUGGAUGCGGACGCCGAACGAUGUCGGCUCGUGCACUGGUCACUCUAGCAGUCUGUCUUAGUCUAACGAAACUGCAGAACACACAUGGUGAAAGCAUUGCUUUUGGUAAACUUGCCAAACAGCGUAAUUCUUAUCCAGGAUACCCUGCAAGCCGGGCCCUCAAUGCUAUAUACUCCACCACGGGGUCGUUUACAUACCUUGCCAAUCCUUGCUGGUGGGAGGUGGACCUGAGAGGUUACUUUGAUAUCAGCAACAUCACCCUCACUGCCGCAACCAAUGGAUGGGGGACCUACAUGAGUAAUGCCUACGUGGAAGUGAUUGACAAAGAUGUCAGCCUCUGCUCUGACGCCCAGGUGGAGUGGUGUGGGAAUGUGUCCAGCACUGUUGCUGCUGGGGAAGAGUUCACCUUCACCUGCAAUGCCACCUUCCCUGUUCGCUUUGUCCGCGUCACAAGGCGAUCCACAAGCAACACCUUUUUGAAUAUCGGACAUAUUGAUGUUCAAGGUGUCGGGGCUACGAAGCGAUACCGAUCCUACUACACGCCCACGACGGGGAGGAAGGUGACCAAACCAUCCAUGACUACAUCAGCCAUAACAGCAGGAGAAUGUGGCAUCCUUUGUCACCGAAAUCAUUCAUGCAUCGACUUCAGCUACAGCAAAACUGCGUCGACCGAAUCCAACUGUCUGCUAACCUACGAGGUCGUGCCGCAGUAUUCUGUGGCAAGGAAUGACUGGACCAUGUACACCAUGGAUAACUGUCUGUAAACUCCUAACUCAAAGUGGAAUUUAUAAUCUAUGCUUGGAGCUUGAGAAUAGAAGUGGACCAUACUGAAAAAAUAUUUACUAUGUUUACUGUUAUCAUGUGGACACAAACAAAAUGCUUGUGGGAGCUGUAACGCACUGUUUGGUUUUUUUUAUGUAACCGUGACGUAUGAGAGCGAGAAGAUUUAUUCACCUUUACCAAUUAUCAACUCUGUGUGAUACACUGAUUGCGAGGAGCAGGGAUACUAACUCUGUUGUUACUGCAUAGUUGUACUGUGCUGUAUAGGGUAUAUAUCAUAUAUCACCCGACUUUCAGCUUAACUGUACCAUUCUAAAAGAAUAAGUUCUAUUAUAUGCCAUACAAAUAUGUGAGCAAUUUAUUUUCUUAGGUGAUUCAAUAAUGACCCGAUAGGUUCCUUUUGGUGGGAAAAGUGCAUAUGCCGAGAUAUAUAUUUCUGAUACAAAAUUGUUUAUUUUAGUGAAGUUGCCUUAUUUGGAGCUUUAUAUAAUUGCAACAAAUAUAAUUCUGUGGCGUUAUAUCUGAGAUAUGAUAUAAAAUGGUGUUUAGUGUUCC